UUCAAAGUCAUCACACACAGCCAGGCCAGCCGUCUCAACAUUUCUUCACUUGAUAAAAUUCGUAUUCCAUUUUUGGUGGGUGGAAUAUGAAGAUGUGGAGAGCGGUGUGUUUGGGUUUGUUGGUUGUUGGUAUGCAAUAUGUGAGUACUAGUAAAGCUGAACCACAAGUACCUUGUUACUUCAUAUUUGGUGACUCCCUUGUGGAUAAUGGCAACAACAAUCAGCUUUCAUCUUUGGCUAGAGCUGAUUAUUUGCCCUAUGGCAUUGACUACCCCGACGGCCCCACCGGUCGCUUCUGCAAUGGUAGAACCACCGUCGACUUUGUCGCUGAGCUUUUGGGGUUUGAUUCAAUCAUUGGUCCUUAUGCAAGUGCAAAUGGUGAUGAAAUUCUACAAGGAGUGAAUUAUGCAUCAGCAGCAGCUGGAAUCAGAGAGGAAACCGGCCGCCAACUGGGUGGUCGGAUUACGUUUAGUGGGCAAGUGACGAAUUAUCAAAACACAGUGUCACAAGUAGUGAACUUGUUAGGUGAUGAAGACUCGGCUGCACAAUACCUAAGCAAGUGUAUAUACUCAAUUGGGAUGGGCAGCAAUGACUACCUCAACAACUAUUUCAUGCCACUCUACUACAACACCGGCAACCAGUACACGCCGGACGAAUACGCCGACGACCUCAUUGCCCGUUACUCUACCCAACUGAGAAGUUUGUAUGACUAUGGAGCAAGAAAGCUUGUGUUGUUUGGAAUAGGGCAGAUAGGGUGCAGUCCAAACCAGUUGGCCCAGAACAGCCCGGAUGGAAGAACCUGUGUUAAGAGGGUUAAUGAUGCUAAUCAGAUAUUCAACAACAGGCUUAUAUCUCUAGUUGAUGAAUUCAACAAUCAAUUCACCGACGCGAGAUCUAUCUUCAUCAAUUCAUUUGGGAUUAACCAAGAUUUGUUAUCAAAUCCGGGUGCUUAUGGUUUACGGGUGACAAAUACCGGGUGUUGCGGAGUUGGGAGGAACAAUGGGCAAAUUACAUGUCUACCGGCGCAGACGCCUUGCCAGAACAGGGAUGAGUAUCUGUUUUGGGAUGCAUUUCACCCAACUGAGGCUGCAAACAGCAUUAUUGCCAGAAGAGCAUACGCUGCUCAGUCUGCGUCCGACGCUUAUCCCUUCGAUAUCCGCCGGUUGGCACUGCUCUGACCAUGGUGUUGCUGGUACUGGAUGCUGAAAAGAACAAAAAAAGAAAGAAUUUUCGUAUUAUUUUCUCUAUUAUUGUGUUGUAAUUGUGAUUUGAUAAAGUGUAGCCAUAUCUCCGGAGUGUAAUAAUUUUCAUUGUUGCAAGUGUGAAUGUCAAUGUAAGCAACAUAUGAAUAUAGUCUCUCUAUCACUUUACUGAAACAGAGUGUUCUGCUUCUGUCCCUGUAUGUUAGAUCCAUGAAAAGAAUUAUAAAACCUAAAACUUUUGUUUA